GUGCAGCCCAGGCGGACCGUCCUGGCUGCGACUUCUCCCAGCCUCUUUUCAACGCACUGAGGAGAAGGGCAGCAUCAGCACCGCACCGAGCACAGGACGUCUGGGAUGCAGUACUACUUUGUUUUACUUUCUUGAAAACGAACUGAAAUAUUUUUGUUUUGAAGACAAACAAUAGAGAGCGGAUUUUGGCGUAUCCGUCAACCGGAUGCAAGCAGAGCCAGGCCCACCUUAACAAUGGGCCUCGUAACGCGGUCCCUCCUGGUCCCGUUGGCAGUGCUGGCUGUGGUGGUGGCAGCCUCGCUGGCAGAACAAGCCCCAGCAGAAGAUGAGUACACCUGGCCACAGUGGGAGCUUCCCCUGGUGAGGACCAGGCGCACGGUGCCCCUCAGCAGCCCCAGCUUCUCCGCCCGCCCCCAGGCGGAGCUGAGCGCCACCUGCGGGAUCGAGUGCCAGCGGCGCCUCCCCGAGCCCUCGCUGCUGGACCUGGAGCAGUUCCUCUCCUACGAGACGGUGUACGAGAACGGCACGCGCACCCUGACCUCCGUCAGCGUGCAGGGCCUCGACGCCCCCGCCCGGAACUCCUCCUCCCAACCCGCCUCCUCGGCCAAGUCCCGCCGCAAGCGCGAGGUGUACGGCAUGGACACCCGCUUCACCAUCGCCGACAAGCUGUACUCCACCAAGUACCCCUUCUCCACCACCGUCAAGAUCUCCACCGGCUGCUCGGGGGUCCUGCUGUCGCCCAAGCACGUGCUGACGGCCGCCCACUGCAUCCACGACGGGCGGGACUACCUCAGCGGGGCGCAGAAGCUCAGAGUGGGCAUCCUGAAGGAGAAGUCCAGGAGAGGGAAGGGAGGCAAGGGAAAAGGAGGACGAGGAGGGAAGGGCAAGAGGAGGAAGGAGGAGGAGGGCAAAGACGAGGAGCAGCCCGAGGAGAACCAAGAGAAGGGGAAGAAGGGAAAGGGGAAGGGGAGGAAGAGCCGCAGUCGCCGCAGCGCCGACAAGGCGGACAAGCCCUCGUUCAAGUGGACCCGGGUCAAGCAGACUCAGGUCCCCAAGGGCUGGUUCAAAGGAGGCGCGUCCGAGGGGGUUGCGGCAGACUACGACUACGCGGUCCUGGAGCUGAAGAAGGCCCAGAAGGUGAAGCACAUGGAUCUGGGCGUGGUGCCCUCGGUGAAGAAGCUCCCGGCCAGCAGGAUCCACUUCUCAGGCUUCGACGACGAUCGGCCCGGCAACCUGGUGUACCGGUUCUGCUCAGUGUCGGAGGAGUCCAAGGACCUGCUGUACCAGUACUGCGACGCCGAGGCGGGCUCCAGCGGCUCCGGGGUCUACGUCCGCCUCAAGGAGCCCGGCAAGAAGAGGUGGAAGAGGAAGAUCAUCGGGGUGUUCACGGGCCACCGUUGGGUGGACGCCAACGGGAACGGGCAGCAGCAGGACUUCAACGUGGCCGUGAGGAUUACACCGCUCAAGUAUGCCCAGAUCUGCUACUGGGUGCACGGGGACUCCAGCCAGUGCCGGGCCGCCUAAGGACACACACAUUGGCCAGAUACACAUGUAUACACACACAUUUACAAACACUCUUACACACACACACACACACACACACACACUCAAAAGCAAACACAGACACAUAUUCAGGAAACACACAUGCGUACAAAUACGUAUACAGAGACAAACACAAACACAAACAAACACGCCUCAAAAACCAUUCACCAGACAUCUCACUACGAUCGGAGCACUCAUAAAGAAAGCAGUGCUAGGUCACUUUACUGUCAAUCUAAACUCCCUCAGCAGAAAAGGGGACUUGUCACACUAAUUUACGGUAUCAAUAUCAAUAUGUCACAGAAACCUGUAUGCGUGUAGCACAUGCAAGCAGACAACCCACGGCAUCUACAGACCGACAUUCAGAAAAACAAAGUGUCCCAAAUGCGAACACAUAUGCGCUUACAUUCACACAUGCAUCCCUUCACAGACACAAAGCCGCAAAGACUCCAUGUUGACAAUACCAGGAACUUGCAAACUCAACGGGUGCUAAGGCUUAGCAGCUCUUCUAAUUUAUUUAAACAAACAAAAAACUAAAAAUAUCAUUAUUAUGUAUUUACAGAUAAAUUAGGUGCCUUUUUUAAAAAAUGUAUAUAUUUAAAUGUUAUAAAUUGCUCUAUAUUGGCAAAUCCUCACAUAACAGCAAUGUUUCCAAUAAAAGUUUUACUAUUCUGCAUUUUUUUGGUGGGGAGCAUAAUUCAUACAAAGCAAAUGCAUUGGCCUUAACACAAGCCAACACAACAAGACCCAGGAAAAUUUAUUUUUUCUUAUGAAUUUACUAUAUUCAAAUAUUGAAAAGAGAAACGUUUUUAUGAUGAUUUUUUAUACUCGAAGUCCAGUGUUUUCUGUAUAUCUAGCUUUAAGCAUAUUUUUCUCUUCUUUGUUUGUUUUAUCCGUUUUUGUUUGUCAACCACCUUUGAGACCAUCAUUUAUAUUUCUUUCCAAAUAAUUAAGUAAAUAUUCCCAGACUGGUUAUGGUAUGAAACUCAUCACUUAGUCUCUGCUCCUGCAAAGAGGUGAACUGCGGAUUCAUUGUUGUUUCAGUGGUGCUUAUCAAGAUAAAUGGUGCUAAUGUUUAGUUUAUUUGUUUAUUAAGUGUUUUGGGGGAGAGUGUACUUGAGUAGACUUGUCAGAUAAUAUUUACAUUUUGGCUCCCUCAUGUGGAGGUUUGUCACACAGCACUGUAAAACUCAAUUUUCACAUCAACUUUUUAGAUUGCCGUAUUAGGUAUAUAGUUAAACUAAAUCCUAUGGUCAAAUUUAAAAAAAAUCCCAGUGUGUGUUAAAUUUCAACUCCUGUAUUGUAUAGGCUUAAGAUAUUGUUCAAUGAAGUUCCAUAAUUCAUUUUGAUUUCCUAACAGUGUUGAUGCAGAGUGAAACAGACCAACCAUUAAACCAAGAUUACAAUAUAGCUUGUUAAUUUGUGUGUUCAUGAACACCUUCUUGCCUAACGUCAAAGUUCUAUAUUUAUUCAUGGAAAUUCGGUAUAUUAUGAAAUUCUAUGUUUUGUUGACAUUCUAUGCACAAAGGAUUGCAGGACAAUGCAGCCUUUUAUCUAUGAACAAGAUGGCGACUUUUAGCAUCACUUUGAACUCCUGUCUCCCUCUUUCAUCUCCUCUUCUCGUCUCAAAUUAAUAUUUUCUAUUCUCAUUUCAAAUAAAUUGCAAAGCAUUGCUCAGCAAAUUAAAUAUACCUCUGGCUGGUUAUUCCACUUGUUGCAAUUGAAAGCAAACAACCUCUUACUACUAAUCUAAAACGUCACUGUGUACGUUUUUCCAUUUGCAGCUUGUAGUGGCUUGAGUUUUUGCUACAGUACAUUCUUUAAUAGCAAUGCAUUAUUUCAUAUAAUGUAAUGGUUGGAUCUUUCAUGCCAGUCACUUUAACCUGCUUCCGUUACCUUUUUUAAUUUUUUUAACAAAUAUUGCAGAUUAAUCAAUUUAAUUGUGCAAUAGAUAAUUAAUUGUGUGCACGGAAGGGGAUUAGGGCCACAA